CCAGGCAUCGCCAGUCUUGAUAUCGUACCACGACGUAGACGACAGACGCGCUAGUUGGAAUUGCUAACGUUUGACGUCGACCAGAACGACAUGGAUAUCUCUUCAAUCCUCCAGGGUGGAUAUCAGCACCCCCUGUCACGCUCAUGGCAGGGUCGUAGGCAGCUCACAAAGUCAAUGUUCAUGUAUCCCAUCUUCAUUACCGAUGAUCCAGAUGCCAGCGUCGUUAUACCCUCACUACCCGGUCAACGCCGCUGGGGUGUCAACCAACUCGAAACUUUCCUCGGCCCAUUAGUGAAGAAAGGACUGAAAAGCGUCAUCCUCUUUGGUGUGCCUUUGAAUUGUGAAAAGGACGGCCGUGGCACCCCAGCAGACGAUCCAUCUGGACCCGUCAUCCAAGCUAUCAAAAAGAUCAGACUCUUAUUCCCAUUAUUGUACAUCGCCUGUGAUGUCUGUCUGUGCGAGUACACUUCACACGGGCACUGUGGUCUACUCCAUGCCGACGGUACCAUCAACACCAAGCCAUCCGUCCUACGUCUCGCAGAAGUGUCUGUCAACUACGCCAAGGCCGGCGCCCAUUGUGUAGCUCCCAGCGACAUGAUGGAUGGGCGCAUCAAGGCCAUCAAACAGGCAUUCAUUGACGCUGACUUAGCCAGCAAAUGCACCCUUAUGAGCUACUCAGCCAAGUUCGCGAGCGCAUUGUACGGCCCCUUCCGCGAUGCUGCCGGAAGCGCCCCAUCAUUCGGCGACCGCAAAUGUUACCAACUCCCUCCUACUGCCAAGGGACUCGCACGGCGUGCAAUACAACGAGACAUCGUAGAAGGCGCAGACAUCAUUAUGGUGAAACCCGCGCUUCCGUAUCUCGACAUCAUCUCGGAUGCUACACAGCUCGCAUCAGACCAUCCUAUCGCUUGCUAUCAAGUCAGCGGUGAAUUUGCGAUGGUUCAUGCUGGUGCUACUGCGGGCGUCUAUGAUCUCAAAACCAUGGCAUUCGAGACCACGGAGAGUAUGGUCCGGGCAGGUGAGUACACAUGUAUUGGCUUUUUGGUGUUUUGACAUAAUUCUGCGAAGGUGCUACUUUGAUCCUGUCUUACUUCACGCCAGACUUCUUGGACUGGUUGGAGGUAUAAAAAUGACGACCAAUGCGGCAAACGCUUUACAUAAAGCAUCAAAAGAACUAAAAUGCAUUUUUAUUUGAUUAACUGUAAAUCGACUCACUGUAGGUGGAAUACAUGUCUUGUCACCGGCUCAUGCUUUGGGCCUCGGUUCACUUCAGAAUGAUACCAAUAGGUAACAUGUAUCGUUGACGCGUAUAGUUUGAGCCUUGUGUCAACGUGCACUUGGAGAUUCUC